CGACAUUGGACGUUGGAUCGCUUGCCGGCCCGAGGCUUCGCGAUCGCAGGAGCGGGGCGCCCGAACAGAACGCCGCGCCGUCAAGCUCAGUCUCGCAAUGGCGUUGGUUAGGUUUGGUUGUGUGUUCGUUUAGUUUCGCAACAACCCGAGCGGACACCGGCCCAAAAUAUUGGCCUGUCUAUCCGUCUUCGAAUUACUUGAAAACACUUCCUGUAAUUCCUUACGCAACAUAGCGACGUAUUUGCCGCCACGGACAGUCAAAUUUUGGUACGAUAUCCACUCAGGGCGAAUCAUUUCAAGAUCAUGUUCAUCUCAUCUUAGUUCCUGCUUCGUAUUAAGUGUUUUAUGUGUGUUGUGACAUCGUGUAAAGUGACCUGUGAAAGUGUAUCAGUGAUGGAUCCGGGAUCACCUUCGUUGUUGUGGCCGCUGCGCCUGAGCAAGCCGGCAGAGAGCAUGUCUGCGGUGGCGGGGGAGCACAGCAAGGCGGAGGAUCGGUCGGCGUCGCCGGCGCUGGCGGAGCGGCUGGCGGCGACGCCGUCGCCGGCGAGCCCCGCGCCUCCUAGCCCGGCGCCCCCCCAACACCAGUUCCAGGCGGCGCUGGUCGCCGAAAAGUACCUCCUGUUAGAACAAGUUGAGGGCUCGUCGCUGUUCCGAUGUGUAGACGUGCGCACUCAAGAGGAAUACGUUUGUAAAGUGGUGUCACGAGACUGCAGUAGUUUACUACAAGCACACUACCGUCUCGAUGGCCACCCGCACGUCAACCCCAUACACGAAGUUCUAGUCGGCGACAAGAGGGUGUAUCUAAUAUUCCCUCGUUCGCACUCUGACCUCCACUCAUAUGUGAGGGCGCGGAAGCGGCUAAGGGAGCAUGAAGCCCGCAGGCUCUUCAGACAAAUGGCAGAAACGGUCGCGGCGUGCCAUGAACAAGGAAUCGUUUUAAGAGACCUCAAACUAAGAAAGUUCGUCUUUGCCGAUGCACAGAGGACGACGUUAAAACUGGAGUCGUUAGAAGACGCCGUGGUCCUCGAUGACCCGGAAGAAGAUUUACUUCAAGACAAGAGAGGUUGUCCAGCUUACGUGUCCCCUGAGAUCCUGAGAGCUCACCGGACGUACUCUGGCCGGGCCGCCGACAUGUGGUCCCUCGGCGUCAUACUGUACACCAUGCUUGUUGGAAGGUAUCCGUUUAACGAUUCAGAGCAUGCGUCGUUGUUUGCGAAGAUAUCGCGGGGUUACUUCGUGGUGCCGGAGUGUUUGUCGUCGCGGGGCAAGUGUUUGAUCCGUUCCCUGCUUCGACGCGAGGCGUGCGAGCGGCUGAGCGCGCGCGACGUGUUGCGGCACCCGUGGCUGGCGCGCGACCCGCGGAACGAGCUGCCACCACGGGCCGCUGCGUCGCACGACCGCCUCGUGCCCGACGUCGAUCUCCUCGACUGCGUAUAAACCACCCGCGACGGCGAUGCGUCAACAAACACCAACACGACAACGCGGAUCGUUCUAGAUCUGCUUCUCCUGCAUUUUGUUGUAGAGGAAUCGGAACUGGAAAGUUUCCUUCCCUUUCGCGCAUUGCUAAAUCGCCACCCAUCUCACACCCCGCACCGGUGCUGGCAUCGGUUCUAGCGACAGCCCACCCCCUCCGUUCUAAUGGCUCUGUUACUUUCGGAACGCAGUGGACGCAAGUCGAUGCAAUGUCAAAUUUUAUUUAUGAUUUAAUUGUAAGUUAUUGCGGUCUAAGCCGAGAGCUUGCGGUUGCGCACACUGAAAUAGGCAGCCCCGUCACAGUAACGCCACGUGUUCAAGAAUUUCAGUAGUAGUACCCCGAGCCGAAUGAAGGUCUCUGCCGAGAUUUCUAGUGAUUAAGAUCCGAUGGGAUCGUACGGUCGAAAGCGGCUGGUCCGCGAUUUCGCCGUAACUAAUUUAUAAAAUUUUAGAAGUUCGAACUGCGCAAUGAGAGUCGCACAGGUUUAGACGCGCGCGCGUGCGUUCACGCUUGACGGUCGAUGUUUAUGCGAUUCUUAUUGACGGUAUUACGUUCUAGCUUUUACGAGCUGUGGUGUAGUCGUUAACUUUAUGAUGACAGAAUAAGUGAGACUGAUAUCGCGAUCUUGAUCUGUCAGAGCGGUGACCGAUCCAUCGUGAGUAACUACGGCGGGCGGGACUUUGGACCCAGCAGUCCCAUAGCCCGCCCGCUGCCCGGUUAAAGUUAUUUAUGCGACACAUUCUGUUUAUAAUAAAUAGUUCGUUAAUUCCUCUUAAGCCUAUCGUAACCGUGUCAAUUUCACAUCAAUAUAUGGAUGGAUAUAUUGCAUUGAAGUUGUUGCUAUAGACUUAGGUAAAUUACCUUUGUAUAUUUUGUAUUUAUAUAAAAUUUAAAGUUAUAUCGUGUAAAUGUGAUCUCCACCGAUGUUAUUUAGCGAUACAUGUUUGCCAUUACGUUGUUACGCAGAAGUGUUGUUUCUUUUGUUGCACAACUAACAGUUGCUUCCAUCAGAGUUAUUGUGAUUAUAUUUGUUUGGAUUAUAUUAAAUCGUGAUUAUUUGGCAAAUCGACAAACGAAAUUAUUAUUAUUAUUUUUUAUAAAUGUUGUAUCAACCAAAAUUUAUGUUAUGGAAAAUAAAAAAAAGUUAUACACAUCACCAUGUACCGAAUAUGGUCGUAGAAUUUGGUCUGUGCCAUUUAUUUAAUUUAAAUACAUAAUUUAUUUGUUGUUGAUAAUUUGACAGUAGUAUAGUGAAUGUCGGCACUGUUCUUCCUAAAAUAUUAAAUUAUUGUUUUACCAUUUGGUACUUGGUGUUGAGUUUUUAUUUCGAUUGAUUUAAAUUUCGGAUCAAUUAAUUAACUUUACUGUGUAUCUAUUUUUAAUUUCUUUUUAUUUGGUGUUAAAUUAUUUUCUCAAAUCUAAAUCAACAAUUUUGUUAAAGUUACCAUAUCUAAAUUGUGUUUUAAAAAUCAGGAAAUUUGGAACUUUUUUUUUUGUUUUGUACCUACUCUGUUUCCUAGUGGUCUCUGGCAUGUUGUAUUAAGGCUAUUUAGGUCAGAUACGAAAUACAAAAAAAUUAAACGCUCUGUCAUGAAUAGUCUUUAUAUUCCAUGUUAAUGGUUUACCAUAUUGUUAAUUGAUAGAAGUCAAGUCUUUCAUGAUGAAAGCAUUGUACAAUAGUAGCUUACUAUGUAAAUUAAAUUUCAGCUACUUUAAUUUAUGUUAAACUGUAAAUAAAGCUAAGAUAUCAUAAGUUUAUAAAAAAAAAUAAGAGAGAAUGAUGAGGAAAUAAAUAAUUUUAGAAAAUUUAU